CAACAACAAACCGCCUUCCUUCAUCGGUCACCUAUAAAACCCACCGAAGAAACCGAUCCUUUCUCCAAUAAAUACUCAGCUAGCUCGGUCGCUACCAGCUUCUUGAGCAACCGGCCAUGGUAGUCCUAGCCAACCCCGCCACCCAGCAGCUCUCCAUUGCCAAGCCCUGCAAAACAUUCUUUGUCCCUUCCAUAGACCUCUCCAAACCGGCAGCCGCCAAACACCUCCUCGUAAAAGCCUGCGAGGAGUUCGGGUUCUUUAAGGUGGUCAACCAUGGAGUUCCCGCGGAAUUCAUAACCAGGCUUGAAGCAGAGGCCAUCAAGUUCUUCUCCUCCCCGGCUUCUCAGAAAGAAAGAGCAGGGCCGCCUGACCCAUUCGGGUAUGGGAAUAAGAAGAUCGGAGGAAAUGGCGAUAUUGGGUGCGUAGAAUACAUUCUGCUAUCCACCAGAAACCCAGAAUUUGAUUACAGAAAGUUCUCAUCAAUUAUGGGUUUAACUCCAGAGAAAUUCAAGGCGGCGGUGAAUGAUUAUGUGAGAGCGGUGAAGAAAAUGGCGUGUGAGGUUCUGGAAUUGAUGGCGGAGGGGCUGAAGAUCUCGGCGAAGAAUGCGUUGAGCCGGCUGGUGAUGGAUGAGGCGAGCGACUCGGUGUUCAGGCUGAAUCACUACCCGGGCCGGGCCUGCAGCAGCCCACCUGACGACUUCCGAGACAUCGACAGGGACCGCAUGAUUGGGUUCGGCGAGCACACAGACCCACAGAUCAUUUCUGUUCUCCGAUCCAACAACACUUCGGGCCUUCAAAUCGCUCUCAAAGAUGGCACCUGGUUCUCCGUCCCACCCGAUCACACUUCCUUCUUUGUCAACGUAGGCGAUUCUCUCCAGGUGAUGACAAACGGGAGGUUUAAGAGCGUGAGGCAUAGGGUUUUGGCAAAUAGUGCAAAAUCAAGGCUGUCAAUGAUUUAUUUCGGAGGGCCACCCUUGAGUGAAAGGAUCGCUCCAUUACCAUCACUGAUGGAAGGGGAUGAAGACAGUUUGUACCAGGAGUUUACCUGGUCCGACUACAAAAAAUCUGCCUAUAACACUCGCCUCGCUGAUAAUAGGCUUCUCCGCUUUCAGAAAUUUUCACCUGCCUAGCUAGUAGUAUAGCAUAGCUCCUAAUAAUUAAUUCAAUUUACUAGCUUCUAAUUAUUAUUAUUAGGAAAUUGUUAUUAUUAUUAAUUUCCUAAACUAUUAUUUGUUGUUUAAUGUAUUACUCCGUAUUAACUAAUGACGCCCUGGUAGUUGAUUGAUUUGACAAAAUAUAUACGGAGUAAUAAUUUCCUAAAUAAAGGAGAUUCUCUUUACUAUUUUUGUGUUUCUUUUUGUGAUCUCGU